AUGAAGUGGUACCACGAUGACAUCUCUGUCUUCGCUCGUACAUUAGGGAGCAAUGAAAGUGAUGAUUAUGAAAACCUUUGUAGGAGUACCGGAUGGUCUACACCAAAUGCUAUGGCAGCCUUUUCCCAAUACUUAACAGUCGAUGAGGAGCUCCAAAUCCGGGAGCAAUUCAACAGCACAUGGAUUCGGAACAAUCAGGUUAUGUGGAGUGGCAUUCCCUACGAAUGUGCUCAGGCAUGGGCAAAAGACCAUGAGAUGGCAACGUUGACUAUGGCAAUGGGACCUCUGAUGAUUGCUGAAGAUCCACUAUGCCUGAAAAGUCAGAAAUCGAGCAAGGGCUGGAGCAAAUAUAUGAAAGGAGCUUCGGCUAUUUUCGCACAGCUUAUUUUAGAAGGUGAAAGGGUAACAGUAUUGACGCCUCCACCUCCGGCAAUGUUCCAUCCUUCGGGGGGAACGACCUACCAGGUGGUAGAGGAGCCGAUUUUGAAGGGGGAAAAAGAAGGUGGUACUGUCUUGCAGAUUGAAAUGGUACAUCCAACGGUGAAAGGAGCCGAGAAUUUCCGCUACCAGGUAUGGCCAGUUGAUGAGACGAGUGCCUGGAUUGAAAAGUAUGGAACGGUAGUUCAGAAGGUACAGCGUUGGAGGUCUAUGAAGGGGUUCGCGGAAAAUGCGAGGAGCAGGGAUGCUUCAAAUUCUGCCGUGCAAGAUGGAGCAAUCGCUUCCGCUGAAAGGACUGAAUCUGUGAAGACUGCGCUUCUGUCGAAAGCGCAGGCGGUAUUGGAGGAACAGACAAUGUUGAAAGUCGAGAAAGCUCGGAAAAAGCAGGAGGCGCUGAAGCAACAUGCGGCUGCAAAGGCAAAAAAAGCCUUGAGAAAGGAGGCGACUUUACAAGAGCAGGCAGCUGCAAAGGCAAGGAAAGAAGCGAAGAAGCAGGCGACCUUACGAAAGCAGGCGGCUACAAAGGAAAGAAAAGCGCUGAGAAAAGAGAUGGCAUUACAAAAGCAGGCUGCAGCAGAGGCAAGCAAAGGACUGAAGAAGCAGACGGAAUUGAAAGAACAGGCGGCUGCAAAAGCUAGGAAAGCGAUGAGAAAAGAGGCAGAAAUGAAUAAACAGGCAGCUGCCAAAGCAAGGAAAGAACUGAAGAAGCAGACGGCAUUGAAUGAACAGGCGGCUACAAAGGAGCUAAAGACUCUGAAGAAACAGGCGGCUUCGAAAGAGCAGGAGAUAUUGAGAGAAAGUAAGGCUUUGAAGAAGCAAGCGGCUCUUCGACAGCAGGAGGCUUCGAAGCAAAAGAAAGCCCUCAAGAAGGCCUCAGCGACAAAAGAGCAGGCAGCAUUGAAAAAGAAUAAGAGAAAUUGCCCUAUAGGAAUAGGAACUAUGAAGACUGGGAUUGCGGUGAAGGGAAAGAAGAAGGCAUAGUUGUUUUGGGAUUGAUUAUAGCUCCAAAGGGUUAAUGCGUGGCGCCAAAUUAUCUGGGUAUCCUGUAGUGUUAUAUUUGUUAAUCUGGUCUACAAUAUGAAUAUUCUUUUGUAGUAAAAGUUUGCUGGGAGU